AAUAAUUAAAAAAAAGAGUGAAUUACGAGCCAAAUCAACAAGAACUGAACACACAAACAAAACGAGAGAUUUCGUUAUCCACUAAACUCGUGAGCUUCUUCUGCCAAAAUUGCAAAAUCCUGAAUUUUCUCGAGCUAAGAAAAUGGCAGCUUCUUCUCCAUCUCUCCUUCUACAACUAGGUUCAACAUCUAGAAAUGGUCCAACAACCAUCAACAACCCAAAUGUAUCAAGAUGUAUAGCUACAAGAGUCAUCGCUUCAGAAACAAGAGACAAAAGCUGUAAAACCAAUACUCUGUCUAGCCGUAGAGACGCAAUGCUGUUGCUGCUCGGCGUGUCAGGAGGAUUGUCGAUGAACUCGGUCGGGGCUUAUGCAGCCGGCUUGCCUCCAGAAGAUAAACCGAGACUUUGUGAAGCCGAGUGCGAGAAAGAGCUUGAAAAUGUUCCAAUGGUAACCACAGAAUCAGGGCUUCAGUAUAAAGAUAUCAAAGUCGGUACAGGCCCGAGUCCCCCGGUUGGUUUUCAGGUUGCUGCUAAUUAUGUGGCUAUGGUUCCUUCAGGGCAAAUUUUCGACAGUUCUCUGGAGAAAGGUCUACCUUAUUUAUUCCGCGUUGGGUCUGGUCAGGUGAUAAAGGGGCUUGAUGAAGGGAUCUUGAGCAUGAAAGCUGGUGGCAAACGCAGACUCUACAUUCCAGGGCCUUUGGCGUUUCCAAAGGGUCUAACCUCAGCUCCAGGGAGGCCGAGAGUUGCACCAAACAGUCCAGUGGUGUUUGAUGUGAGCUUAGAGUACAUACCAGGGCUCGAAUCUGACGAAGAGUGAAUACUCCUUUUUUUUUCUUUUAAAGUGCAAACAAUACAGCACUUUCUGUGAUGAUAUAUCUCUCAUUCUACAUUUAUGUUUUAUAGUUAAACAAAAAUAACCUCAGCUUUUUCAGUUCCUUCACCAUUAGGUCACCAACUUUUUUUUCACUUUCGCAAUUUCUUUCGCUUGUUGAGGAUGAUGAUUACUUAUUUAUAUACCUAAUUAUCAUUCAAGCCAAGGCCCUUUGUAAGUUGUAACACAACCAGGAAUACACAUAUCAGACU